GCACUGGCUGUAGGGCCGGGCUUUGAAUACAGGGUGUGGGGGUGCAAUGCUCCUCCCCGCCGCUGGGGGCGCUGUAGCGCAGCCGCGCGGUGCACGCCGGGACUCGCAGUUCGCCACCACCCUCCCGACCCCUCGGCCUCCGUUUCCCAUCUCUCCCCUCGGCAGCGCCGCAAUGAAUGCUGGGAUUUGUAGUUUCCUCCCCCCAUCCCGCCCAUCAUCGGCGUUGCGCGCUCGGACUCACCGCCCCAUCAUGCACCGCGCGUCGUAGCGGCGGUGAGGCCGAAGAAGGAAGAUGGCGGCGGCGGCGGGUUCUGGGCCUGGGCCCGGACCCGGUACUGGUUCAUCAGCCGGUACCGGAUCUUCCAACCCGAGGAAGUUCAGUGAGAAAAUAGCGCUACAAAAACAACGACAGGCCGAAGAAACGGCGGCGUUUGAGGAAGUUAUGAUGGAGAUUUGCUCGACGAGGCUCCAGGCCCAGAAGCUCCGUUUAGCUCACAGCCGGGGCCCGUUUUACGGCGGCUCAUUACCCAACGUUAAUCAGAUCGGCAGCGGCGUCAACGACUUCCAGGGGUCGCUGCACUCGCCGCUGGACUCGACGCGCAGCACGAGGCACCACGGGCUGGUGGAGCGAGUGCAGAGGGACCCGCGCAGGAUGGUGUCACCGCUGCGGAGAUACGUGCGCCAGAUAUCCACUGAGAGCUGGGGUCAUGCGGCCCUAUCCCCCCCCAGGUAACCCCCAUCUCUGUGCUGUAGGACGCUGCCUUGGGGCAACUUCCCUAUGGAUAAAGGCCAUUUGUUCCGCCUGCCGUCGGCUCUAAACAGCUGUGCCCUAUAUAUCCCCCUUUAUUUCCCCUCCAGCAUCUUCCCGUCCCCAGACCAACCCUCCAUCCCUGUUCUCCCCCCAUCCCUGAACUCGGGCGGUUCCCUCCCGGACCUGACGACUCUUCACUUCCCGUCCCCGCUGCCGACCCCGCUGGACCCCGACGACGGCGGCUCCUUCCCGGCACUGGGCGGCACCGGCAGCACCGGGAGCUUGGCCAGCACCAUGACACAGCUGGGCAUCAGCGGGGCCAUGGCCGUGGGGGCGGCAUAUGAGGGGCAGGGUGAGUGGGGGGGCAAUGGGUGGAACCGGGAGGUCCAAUGGGGGCAGAACCAGGAGAACCAAUGGGGCUGGAACCAGAUCCAAUGGGGGCAGAACCAGAUUGAAUGGGGGCAGAACCAGCAGGUCCAAAAGGGUCAGAACAACCAGGUCCAAUGGGGGCAGAACAAGCAGGUCCAAUGGGGGCAGAACCAGGAGAACCAAUGGGGUCAGAACAACCAGGUCCAAUGGGGGCAGAACCAGCAGGUCCAAGAGGGUCGGAACCAACAGGUCCAAUGGGGACAGAACCAGCAGGUCCAAAAGGGUCGGAACCAGAUCCAAUAGGGGUCAGAACAACCAGGUCCAAUGGGGGCAGAACCAGGAGAACCAAUGGGGUCAGAACAACCAGGUCCAAUGGGGGCAGAACCAGGAGAUCCAAUGGAGCUGGAACCAGAUCCAAUGGGGGUCAGAACCAGCAGGUCCAAAAGGGUCGGAACCAGAUUGAAUGGGGGUCAGAACAACCAGGUCCAAUGGGGGCAGAACCAGCAGGUCCAAUGGGGUUAGAUCCAAUGGGGGCGGAACCAGCAGGUCCAAAAGGGUCGGAACCAGAUCCAGUGGGGGUCAGAGCAACCAGGUCCAAUGGGGGCAGAACCAGCAGGUCCAAUGGGGUUAGAUCCAAUGGGGGUGGAACCUGCAGGUCCAAAAGGGUCGGAACCAGGUCCAAUGGGGGCAGAACAACCAGGUCCAAUGGGGCCCAGAACAACCAGGUCCAAUGGGGGUGGAACCAGCAGGUCUAAUGGGGUCAGAUCCAAUGGGGUCAGAACCACCAGAUCCAAUGGGACUCAGAACAACCAGGUCCAAUGGGAACAGAACCAUCAGAACCAAUGGGGGCAGAACCAGAAGGUCCAAUGGGGCUGGAACCCUCAGAUCCAGUGGGGUCAGAACCUCCAGAUCCAAAGGGGUUGGAACCAGAUCAAAUGGGGUCAGAACCAGCAGAUCCAAAACAAUUAGAACCAUCAGAUCCAAUGGGUUUGGUCCCCCCAGACUCAAUGGGGCUGGACCCCCCCCAUCUCCAGCCCCCCCAUCCUGUCCAUGCUGAGCUCAGGGCUGACCACUGUCUUGUUUCUCACCGUGUCCAUCAAUG